AAAUUAGUCACGAAACGGGGAAUUAUUCGCCUAUCGGUGCAAAAUUGGAUCCCAAAAAGUGGUCCCUUUCACCCGGUCGGCACUGAAGUUGUUCUGGCGCGGUCGCAUCCUUCCACUCGCGGUCCCAGAAGCAUCAGAUCGAAAAAACUGCUUGGUGCGGAGUGUGUGAAGAGAACAGUGUCCGGUCCCCCUUUAGUGCUACAUGCUCUCCAUGGACCGGAAAAUUGUGCAAAAGUGAAGUGCUGUAUAUUUGCAAAGGAAUCCAAUUCCCUCGUACAUCAUAGCGACCGGAGCGGAGACGUUCGCCACAUGAACGGCUUCUUGCCAGGGGUGGAUAUCUGAUAUUUUGUGUCACCGUUGCCGUGCCACCACCACCUGCGGGCUCCACGGAGUUUGCAACCGUCCAACGGAACAGUCCACUGUAACAGCCACCGGGCAGACCAGCUCUAGCCGUUUACCGAAAGCGCACCGUUAGCAGCUUCCGUCAACCAUGAACUUCCUGCGCUUCGGCCAGUCCGCCGAUAUCGACAUCAUCUUCGAUGGGUCCGAGCAGCGGCAGCAGGCCGAGAUCAAAACAGAGGACGGCAAGAAGGACAAGUAUCUGCUGUACUACGACGGCGAAACGGUCGGUGGCAAGGUGAACAUUACGCUCAAGAAGCCGGGCAGCAAGCUGGAGCACCAGGGCAUCAAAAUCGAGCUUAUCGGUCAGAUUGAGCUUUACUACGAUCGCGGUAACCAUCACGACUUUCUCAGCCUCGUACGCGAGCUGGCCCGCCCGGGAGAUCUCAUCCAGAACACGUCCUAUCCGUUUGAGUUCGCCAACGUUGAGAAACCUUUCGAAGUUUACGUGGGAUCGAACGUACGAUUACGGUAUUUUUUGCGUGUCACCAUCGUGCGGCGCUUGAGUGAUAUCGUGCGCGAGGUUGACAUUGCGGUGCACACACUCUCGAGCUACCCGGACACAAACAUCCCGAUUAAGAUGGAGGUCGGUAUCGAGGACUGCUUGCAUAUCGAGUUCGAGUACAACAAGAGCAAGUACCAUCUGAAGGAUGUAAUCGUUGGUAAAAUCUACUUUCUGUUGGUUCGCAUCAAAAUCAAACACAUGGAAAUUGCGAUCAUUAAGCGAGAGCAAACCGGUUCGGGGCCCAACAUGUACACGGAGAACGAGAUUAUCGCAAAGUACGAAAUCAUGGACGGGUCGCCGGUCAAAGGGGAGAGCAUACCGAUACGCGUGUUUCUCGCCGGGUACGAUCUGACCGUCACGAUGCGCGAGAUUAACAAGAAGUUUUCGGUGCGCUACUUCCUCAACCUAGUACUAAUUGACACCGAGGAUCGGCGGUACUUCAAGCAGCAAGAAAUCAUACUGUGGCGCAAGGCUGAAAAGACGCGUAAAUCGCUAACCCCGUCCCAGGCAGCAGCGAUCGCCGCCGCACAGGGUGGCCAGUUGCUGCCGGGAGGCCAACUAGCGGUGACGACAUCGAGCACCAAUCCGCACAUACCUCACCACCUUGUGGGGCAGGGCGUGAGCUCGCUUGGGGCGUCGCUCGCAGCCGCCGGUUCGGCAUCCUCCGGUCUCGGUGGAGAUGGCGAUGAGGACGCGAAACGUGCGGACGAUUCCAAUCCAAUCAUGGGACUCUUUACGGAGGAUAACUCACAAGCAGAUCUUCGACCGAAACCGACCGCCCGGCUGCGCAGUGAUGAAAUGCUCGACGCAGACAGCGAGCAGGACAGUUCGCGAGCGACCAACAACACUAGCAGCCUGAAACCCGGCGAGCUACCACUUCACGUCGAACCAGACGAAGAAGAUACCUUGCCCCCGGCACGGGUGCCAACGUCGCAGCAGCAACAGCAGCAGCAUCGGGAAGCGGGCGAUGGAGCGGCAUCGAUUUCGCAAACGACCGACGAAGAAACGUCCUCACUGUUCGAUGCGAACGAUUUGAGUUUCACUGCGGCCAGCAAUCCACCUCCGGUGCCGGUUCUGGUGACUGAUCCGAACACGUCCUCCCCGACGGUCAGCAGCACGAUGAAACCGGUAGACGACGCCACCGCCGAAGAACAUGACACACCGGCGGAGAGCAGGGAAGAUGGUGACUCACCAGCCGCAGUGCCAUCCGCGCUGAGCCGGGCGGAAGUGACGAGCACUAGUAAUGCUGAGGACGUAUCCUCUUCCUCGCCACUACACACACGAUCCUCACAUGCACCCUCCUCGGGCGGGAAAAAUGCGCCCUCACCCGCACAACCGCUGGCUGAGUAGAGUUGAGUGCUAGGUGAAGCCCCUAGCUCCGGAAACGCUUCAAAACCCGAUCAUCCGAUGUCCGUGUAAACGACGGAACACGAGCCGAAGGCAGAGCAAAGCGUGUGUGGGCAGUAGUGUAAAAAUAUUCAAAAUUUUGCAUCCCUUUUCCUUAGCAUUUUCUUUUUUGAUUGUUGUAGGAAGAAACAACAAUAGUUAAGACGACAGUUGCAACGCAAACGCACUUGUAUGAUGACUACGUUUAAGCAAGAGGCGAGACACUGAAGAAAGCGACGACGAGCGAAGAGCGUUGUGGAAUGGAACAAAGUCUAAUGGCACACGUAUUUGUCACUAAUCCCUCGCCCCAUCAAAGCUUUCGAUCAAUCUAUUUCAGAUCAAAAGCUACACGACGACACACGCUCUUGCUGUUAGUUAUGAGUGGUGCAGAACGAUAUUAAAACACACGGCAAUACAUAAAGGCAAAAGCAUUAGCGCAACCCCGAUUGAUAGAGUUAACGCAUCCAUCAGGAGGAACGAGCGCCGCGAACAGGCGCAAAGCCCUCUAGUUGUUAGUAGAAACAAAAAUGAAUCAUCUUCGUCACAUUCACAUCAAACCCUCUCAGAAAACCGACUCUUGAGAUCAUUUUUCUACUUUUGUUACGAAUUUCUACGCCCCGGUUAAAACAAAUAUCCAAACAUACGUGAACGCUCUCGGUCGAAUUUGUGAGUCAUUUCGUUCGGCUAAGAUUAAAGUGUGUUAAAAAGGCAGACAAAUUGAAAAGCUGCAAAGAAGAAUGUUGGUGGAGCGCUGGACCCGCGGCGUAACACGGGUACGUUUAUUAAUGCAACUGUAAUCUGUAGGUUAAUUACUUUCCUUUAACGAUCUUUGUUCGAUCUUCCUGGUCACGAGCCCCGGAUCCCAUAUCGGUAACUUACGCGCCUCUAUUCCCUUCAGCCGCCGAACUGGCGAAUAUGUUGAAGAAACAGUUCUCGAAAACAUUUAACACAGAAACAGCAGAUUAGCAAUAAGCGUGUUGCGCAAGGAGGGCAACGAUUAACAGCAAAAACGAGUGAAUAGUACAGUACAUGUAACCAUUUUUAUUUCCGUUGCGUAUGGGAGUUUAAGUAAUGCUCGGCGAAAUGCGGAAGCAUGGAAUAAUCGCGUGGACAGUGCGGAAGAAUUAUGGCGCGCAAUGUAAGGAGGAGAAGAGUAACAACAACAACAAAUUAUGAGAGGUAUAUAUAUAUUGAGAAUAAAUAUGCUAUGUAUAUGAGAAAG